UCUGAUAUAGGUAUGUCUGUCCACCCUCUGCGUGCUACUCUCACGUUCCUCUCCUAUCCGCGACAAUCCAUCGUGCGCGUGGGAAGCGGCAUAUGCUCGGAAGCAUACACUAGUUGUGAUAUGCGGCCAUGUGCAUGUGCAGCUGCAGGGAAGCGAGAUACCACAAGCGACAAUAACAAACAGAUGGACGUCAAUCACUUCCAGCCUUAUAGUUCGCUCUGCUUAACACGCGCUGGACCACGCUGUCCAUAGUCCAACCACUCUGCCAAGAGCGCGGCCGCCGGAGACUGAGCGAUGGAUAGCAGCGAUAGUGGCCUCGAUGGGCGUAGACACCACACUCGCGGGGGAGCACGAAGAGGGAUAGCGCAGGCUGGUCACAGAACCGGCGCGUUCAGGCACCUCUUUCCUUCCUCUGAGAGGAAAUUCUCUUCUACAACACCAACACCCACC